GAGGGGGAGAGGAAAAGCCAUUUAUUUAUUUAUUCCUGAAAAGAAAGGAGGUAGGAAACUGAAAAGCUAAUAUACAGCUAGACAUACUUAUUUUAAAGAGAAGGAUGCUUUGGAAGACUUUGCUGCUGCUGCUGUUCUAUUACAGUGCUCAUGCCACUGUGACCCACAGAUGGAGCAGAGCUAUGCUUUUCCCAGCUGCUCAGCGAUUCAAGAGGUCCUCAGCUGCCUUCCUUAACCCAGUGCUACAAAACUCGCUGGAAGAUGUGGUCCUGCUUUAUGAGUUUCUUUUAGCUGAGCUUGACAUUGACAAACAUCAGAGGAUCUCCAUCAAAGAUGAGGAGCUCGCUUCACUGAGGAAGGCUGCUGAGUUUGGCACCAUCUGCAAUGAGAUUAUCCCCAAGAGCAUCACAGAGAUCCGCAGGCUGAGUAGCAGGCUGUCUUCCUACCCAAGGGUCCUCAAGAAAGAAGACUUUGAAAGGACAGUGCUGACCAUGGUCUACACGGCCUACAGGGCUGCUCAGUCCCAGGGGCACCAAAAAGACACUUGGGCUGAAUCCUUUGUCAGUCUUUACAAAGCCCUGAAGCACGAUUUGAUGUUCCCAUACAACAAAGAGCCGUCAUAGUAGGAGAUUUGAUGCAACAGCAAUUCAGCCACCUUUUCUGGUUGAUAAGGGACACAUGUAGCACGUCCUCCACUU